AUGUGACAUACAGCUGUCACAUAUGCUUGUCAAAUCAGUCAAUGCAUUCUGAAGUCUGAUUCGAAGUGGCUUAGAAUAGGAACUCUUUCCCAUUUAAUGCGUGGUUCUCUCUCUAUAUAUAUUGAAAAAAAAAUUUAUACAGAUCUAAAAUGGACUGGACUACUGAGCUCGAGAUUACCUCCAAGAAGUUGAUACCUCGCUUAGGUAGACGUGCAGGUCAGAAUAAUUUGCAGGAAGAAAAUAAAUCCGAUGAUGAUCUUCUCGAAAGUCCAAUUUCCUUGUCAUCUGGAAAGUCUUUGCCUAUGCAAAGACCUGUAGUUCCACCUCGUUCUAGGAAAACUGGCUGGGGAGAUGAACUGAAAAGCGGCAAAUCAAAGAUGACAUCAAAUAUUGCUGAACAGGAGCGUUUUCGAGCAAUUGAGAAGGAAGAGCAAGAAGAUGAUAUUCCUGUUAUACCGGAUUUGGAUGAAAUUCAGGAAGAUAAUAUUUCAUCUGAAAUUGCAAGCGCACCCACAAUUAAUGCAAAUAGAGUGACUGCGUAUGAGGAACUGGAUACUGAUCUGGUGAAAAAUGCGGCAUUUACAUCAUUAGAUGGCGUCAGUCUUUCUCUUCUCGCAGACAAACUGUACAAUGAAAAUUUGGUGAAGGAAUCUGACGAAGUUUGGAAUUGGAAUCUUCUCUUCACACAAAUUUCUUCUGAAAUUAAUAGCGAAGCACAGGAAAAGAUUAAAACUUGAAGCUACAAAAAAUUAUAAAUUACUAGUGUUUUUGUACUUGAAGAUAAAAAAUAAAA